CAACGUGUCAACGGCACGUUUAAAUCAUGAGACGCACAGACUUGCCUGUUUCAAUCAUUAGACAUUACAUUAUAUAGACGACAUUAGAAAAGCGAGACGCUCAGAAAUAUACAAUAAUUAUUUUAAGUCUCGAAUUCUUUUUUUUUUAUAAAAUGGCUUCAACCCCAAAUGCAAGCUCUUCGAUGAAGUGGGAAGUUGUGAAAAAAAGCAAAAAACCGAACAGUUCAGCAAGACACCAAAAUGUCAAGAAAUCUGGAGGAAGGAAAGCUUUGGCUGAGUCUAACAUGCGCAGGAUCUUUGACCCAGCGCCUCCUUUAAAACCAUCGGAAACCAUCUACGAGAGCUUUGAGAGGAUGGGGAAGAAGAAUAAAGAGCAGAUGCCCCCAGCACCCGCCCCGGAACAGCAUCCGAAGAAACCCAACACCGGGAAAUGUGACAAGAAUUCCCCGAGAAACGAAGGAGACAAAAACAGCCAAAAAACAGUGAAAUUCAAGUCGUUGGAGGAUGCUAUGAAAGCUCUUAAUCUAUCAGCGCUUCAGCAGCAGCUGGAGAAGAGCCAAAGCCUCUUUCCUGAAAACCCGUCUGUUUGGGUGAAGGACUUGGCCAGUUACCUCAACUAUAAACUCCAAGCCCCAGAGAUCGACCCAACUGUCAGCCAAUACUCCUACGAUUACCCUUACUGCUUGGCAAGCAAGGAACUGAAGAGCAUGUGCAAGACUCUGCUGGUGAAGUCGGCUGAUAGCCAGCAGCAGUUAUUUGAUCACUGCAUCUACACCAUGCUGCGUGAACUGGACAAGCAACCAGGUGAAGCGCUGCAUGGCUACAGAUUUUGCAUUCAAACCAUAACGCUGGAAAACCCCAAAAUAGCUACCCAGAAUCUCGCCAGUCAUUUGGAGCUGUUGAGGUCUCACCAGAACAAUCCAGUCAAAUGUCUCACCGUCAUGUGGGCCUUGGGGCAGGCAGGCUUCACAGACUUGACUGAGGGACUGAAAGUGUGGUUUGGCAUAAUGCUGCCAGUCCUGGGUACAAAGACACUGUCCUCGUAUGCUAUUGGCUACUUGGAAAGACUGCUAAUGAUGCAUGCUAAUCUAACCAAAGGCUUUGGAGUUAUGGGACCAAAGGACUUUUUCCCUCUGCUGGACUUUGCCUUUAUGCCCAAAAACGCUCUGUCACCCAGUCUGCAGGAGCAGCUGAGACAGCUGUACCCGAGGUUGAAGGUGCUGGCUUUUGGAGCUAAGCCUGAAUCUACCUUGCACACAUACUUCCCAUCCUUCCUGUCCAGAGCAACCCACAACUGCCCAGAUGACAUGAAGAAAGAGCUCCUGAACAGUUUGACUGAAUGUUUGACUCUGGAUCCUCACAGUUUUAGUGUUUGGAGGCAGUUGUACACCAAACACCUUUCACAAUCAAGUCUUCUGCUGAAUCAUCUUUUGGACUCCUGGAAUUGUCAAUCAGGAAAGGUUUGCAGAUCUCUGCCUGAAACGGUGCAGUCUUUCAAAGUUACUAAUGAUGAAAUGAGUACAUCUGCUGCCAGUUCACAGGAGGUUAAAGCCUGCAAUGACAUCUGUAAUCAACUCCAGGUAAAGAUGAAAGGACAAGGCUUCCCGUGGUCUCGUCUGGUGUUGGUAGCGCUAGUGUUUGCUGUUGGAUUUGUGAUGUAUGACAUCCGAGCAAAUGGGUCCUUUAAAGCCUCCUCUGUUGCACGUGUCCUUCACCAGUCUGGAAUGAUGUCCGUCUCACAACAGGCUUGGAAUAAAAUGUCUGUUUAUUCUUACAAAGGUUACAGUUGGAUGGAAACUAAUACACCGUAUUACUACUCUGAGAUGGUAAAUAAAAUGGGACCUAUUUUGGAAAUGGCUUUGGAAAAGACAACCCUGGCAGUGGGAUACCUUGGAGAAAAGUGUUCAAACCAGAUUGCAUGGGUCAAAGACAACGCACCCAGGCUUAUUGAGUGGCUCAACUCCAGUAUCCCAGAUGGUGUGGUCCAGCUGAUCGAGUAUCUGAAGGAAUUGCUUCUGUCUAUUCAUCAGAAUCAUCUACAGCCAGCUAUGGUGUAUGUGAAGACAUCUCUGGAACAAGGGUGGCAGCAGUUUGUAAAGUCUUGCAAAGGAGAAGUAUCUUGGCCCUGUGUGCAGGAUCACUUGGUAUACAUAUCUAUGUCCACCUGGACUUGCCUGCAGAACACGACCAUUGCUGUUAAAAACUGGGCAUUUUCAAUGCUCUCCAGGAUGUAAGACUUGUUUCAUGCUGAGACUGAAUCUAUUCUUGUUCUCGUGAUCUAGGACAAUACCACCAGUGCUUUUUAAUGAUAACUCGGAAGGAGGGUUUUACAAAAGAAGCUGGCGCUUAUAAAAUAUAGAUUUAAAAACUUUUGUCAAGCUGCAUGAAAUUUUGUAUCGGAGACUCCUUUUCUACUUUUGGUUUGUUCGUUAUGGGGUUUAUAGAUGUCCCUUUUUUUCCAGGUUUAUAAAUGUUUCAAACAGUGUUACAUAUUUAUGAUAUAUAAAUUAGUAAGAUGGUUUAAGAAACAGAGGUUACCAUCAAUUUUGUUCACUUUUUUUUUUUUUUUUUAUCUUCCACAACACAUGGUUUUAAAUUCCAUAAAUUAAACUACGAUUCCUCCCUCAAAUCUCACUCGAGACCUGCAAAAAUAAUAAUCCCUUCCAUUCAGUUGAAUGAAAGACCUUUUUAGAGAAGUCUGUUUGGUUGCCAGCAUGGGGUGUAAUUAUGAAGGCAAAGGUUUACAGCCCGCUUUGCUCUAUGCUAUUCUUUUAUGGACUGUAACCACUUGCUGACUUGCACAGAACAUAAUCUACAAACUCUACAUCACAUUUCUACUGUGUUAGUUGUAGCUUUGGAAUUUGUUGUUCUAUUGUUUUGGGGUCCUAUGGAGAAUACCAGAUACAUCAUUGUCACAGGACUUGUAAGAUUAUUAUUUUAUUGUGUUUUUCGAACCCUGUUAACACUAUUGUGCAAGGGAAUUUUUAUUUUUUUGGUUUGUUUUCAGUGUUUCUUUUUUAAUGUAAAGUCUGCACACUGUUGCUAAAUGCAAGUAAAAAGGGAACUACUUGAUAGUUUUCUUGUUGUCUUGAUUUAUACAAUCCACCCCCCCAGAAAUGCAUGCAUGCAUGAAACCUCGAUGUAUACGGUACUUUCCCGUAGUGUUCACAAAGAUAAUGGUUAGUUUGAAAGCUUUAAAGGUAAUUUUAAUACAUACCCAUGUGCUGCAAGGUAUAAGAGUUGUCACUGCCAACCAAUAGUGCCACAUUUAAUUUAAACACAUUUGUAUAAAACGUGAAACCUUUCUUAUGGUAGCACUAAUUACAUCUGAUUAGUCAUUGUGUGCCUUGAGAAGAUUCUACCUUGACCCUGCAAAGUGACCAUGAAGUUAUCCAUGUUUUUGGCUGUGAUCUUUAACAGUGAUGUCACAGCUGCCUACAGCUCACAAUUACUGAUCUGUACUGCACAAGAUAACAUUCAAAUGUGAGAAUUGUGAGCCCAUUGAGUAGAUUGAGAAACAUGCCCAGUGUACACUGUCAAUUGUUUUUGCUACAUUUCGAAUCUCUACUUCCCUGGUAAUGUUGGGGUAUUAUAUUGUAAAAAUGCUGCAUACACUUUUAUUGUAUAACCAGUUUUUUGCUAAAUGAGUUGAAAUACUGUAAAGCCUAACCAAACUCUCACAAUGGUAUUUGUAUUAGUUUAUGUGUAUAAGACUUGCCAGAGGAGCUUCAUCCUAUAUAAUGAUCCUUCACCAAUAUUAGAUGACCAUAUAAUAAAGGACCUGAAUGGUUGCUGGCAAAUAACUUUUUAUCGUGAAUUAUUUCAGGAAAAAUAAAGUAUUUGAAUUAA